CACAAUAUUUAUUUUUGGAAUUUCUAAUCACCAUGAAUACCAACAACAUCACCACCAUGUACAACACUUCCAACAAGAAUCAAACUUACACCGUCUACAAGUCCAAAGUAUCACCUUCCCGCCGUCUCAAGAACCUGAUCAAGCCAGUUUUGGGUCGUAUCUUCAAGUCUAAAGCACCCAAAACCAAACGCAGCUCUUACAUUGCCUCCGAGGAAAAAGAAUGUGAAUUCGACUGGCUCAACAAUGACAUGGACAAUAUGGCCAAUGAACAUUUGGAAAAUCGUCUUAUGCAGGAAAUGCAAUACAGUGAAUCUGACGAGGCCAUAGUUAUCAUCAAUGAUGAUGGUUCCCGCCAAUUGGAAUUUGUCGAUAAAGAUGAUCUUUAUGUUCCUGUACACUUUGCUCGCACCAAUGCUGGCACUUUCUUUUGGACUUCAGUGCAAAAAGAAACCGUAGAACCCUAUCAAAUCGAAUGGAACUUCUUGGACAGAUGGGCUCAAGCUUAGAUUCACUAACAAUUAAUUAUGAAUCUUAAGAUUUUUGGGUUUAUUUCUCUUCAACUGGGGUUUUUCAUCAAACACACAGCAGCUACUUGGCUUUUUGUUCAACAGCAGUGAAUUUUCUUCA